CUUGGGCCAACAAUAGUGUGGAGGUGUGGAACAAUAGUGUCCGUUGUGUACGCUCUCAGUGACCACCAUAGACAUGGCGCGGGUAAUGCUGUACCCAUCCUUGCUGGCGGCAUUGAUCUGCGUCCUCAACACCCAAGCUUUGUUCACCGUUCGUGUUCAGGGCAAUAACAACACCAAAGGGUCAGUGAUUGAGUCUGAACACACGCCGGCGACGGACUCCGUGCUGCGGGAGGAGACGACGGCAUCGCCCGCAGCAUGCAACCUGCCGCCGGCGCUGGUGGCGGAGAUCCAGGGCUACAAGGAGGACGUCGACAAAAUCAUCGACUAUGUAGUCAAUGGAGACUACAAGGGUCGGGCCUACGCCACUUUGGCCGAGUUGGUCGAUACCUACGGUCCUCGGAUGACCGGUUCAGGACAACUGGAAGCAGCCAUUGACUGGAUUAUUGAACAAUCUGAAGCAGCAGGCCUGGAGAACACUCACACAGAGGACGUCGCUGUGCCACACUGGGUCAGGAACACGGAAUCCGCGUGGAUGACCCUGCCGCGCCUCCAGGAGCUGAGCAUAUUGGGGUUGGGGAGCUCUGUGGCUACACCUCCAGAAGGCAUCAGGGCCGAGGUCCUCGUCGUCAAGGACUUCGACGACGUGCAGAAACAUGCCGACCAGGCAGCCGGCAAGAUAGUGGUGUUCAACCCAGACUGGGUAUCUUACGGAGUGACGGUAGCCUACAGGACCGAUGGAGCCUCCAGGGCAGCUGAAGUUGGUGCGGUGGCUUCUCUCAUACGCUCCGUGACUCCCUUCUCCAUGAACUCCCCCCACACCGGCCACCAGCAGUAUAGAGACUCUAACAACACCAUCCCUACGGCUUGUAUCACCGUUGAAGACGCAGCCAUGAUGGAGAGAAUGCAAAGCAGAGGUCAGAAGAUAGAGGUGUUUUUGUCCAUGGGAGCUCAGAGCUACCCAGACUUCAUCUCUAGGAACACGAUAACAGAGCUGCAAGGCCUCCAGUGGCCGGACGAGGCCGUCAUAGUGUCCGGACACCUGGACUCCUGGGAUGUGGGCCAGGGAGCCAUGGAUGACGGAGGCGGCGCCAUGAUCUCCUGGAAUGCAGGGGUAGUGUUGAAGCAGCUUAGACUGAGGCCUCGACGGACCCUUAGGACCAUCCUGUGGACCGGGGAGGAGCAGGGCCUCUACGGUGGACUGGCCUACUACGACAAGCACGUCAACGACAGUGCCAAUUUCCAGCUAAUAUUGGAGUCGGAUGCCGGGACAUUCACCCCAUCUGGUCUGGCAUUCAACGGCACUCAGGAGGCCACCUGCAUCAUCCAGGAGGUGAUGAAGCUCCUGCAGGCCAUCAACGCUACACAGGUGAUGAGCCCCAUGGACGGUGGACCGGACAUUGAGGUGUGGCAGAAAGCUGGAGUCCCAACAGGUUCACUGUACAAUGACGAUCCCAGAUACUACUGGUUCCACCAUUUUCAUGGCGACACUGUCAGCGUGGAGGACUCGAACGCCCUGGACCGCUGCCUCGCCGUUUGGGCCUCUGUCGCCUAUGUCACUGCCAACAUGACCGAAAGGAUUCCACAUGCCCCCGUGUAGGAUCCCUCAGCAGGAAAUCUCCGUUCCCAGGCACACUAGACAGAUGUAGCGGUGAUGGUGUGUCAAACCUAUAAUAUUUCAGCUAAUCGAUCACACCCUACAAGGCAAUGUCAAAGUCAUGUUAAUUUAGGAGGGUGAAAGCAUAUUUUCCUUUCCACGUGAGAAAUUUAUUUAUAUACAUAUAAAGACACUGUCUUAAGAUGACUUUAUGGGACCAAACACAGAUGAGACAUUCAUAAGUCAAUGUCUUGUGUAACGGUUCUUUUAACUGACAGAUAUCUAUUGGAUUUUCAAAAUGUACUUAAACAUGUAUGGCUUACCAGUCACUGCAUUAGAAAAUACAGUCCUACGAUGACAUAUUUCUUGUGUUCGAUUAUUACAGCAUUUAAGUUCUGAUAUUGUUGAGCGUACGGUGGUGAGUGUCUCGCUCUGUUCAUUAUGUGAACAGAACUCGCAUCACGUAAGGCAGACAUGUUAAAUAUUCAACAAUGAUUAACACCAAAUUAUAUUUUAGCUGCUUUAUUGCUUACAUCUAAUACAACUACCACAAAGUGUCCCCUGGGACCCGACCACACUGGGAAUUUAGCAGUUAUAAAACAGCCACGGGGCACUGAGAGGUCCCAGAACACAGCUACAAGGCACUUGGAUUUCCUUGGAUGUGAUUUCCUUGUGCACUUAAAGAGAAGCAUUUGAGGGAGAACUCUUAGAUGAUCAGUAAAGGUGAUGGGUCACUGGAGGCCACAGACGGUCAUGGGCUGGCCUGGGUGUGCAAGGGAGGGAGAAGCAGCUCCAGCAUGAAGAGGACAAUGGCCACCACCAGACCUGGCCGGGAGAGAGAUGCAAAAAAAAUCUGUGGGCUUUAUCUGCAGCAUGGAGAAAACAUCCUUUAGACAUAACCUACAGCAAAAGGAGAAUAUCCUGUACACCUAACCUACAGCAUAAGGAGAAUACCCUGUAAAUCUAACCUUGUGUUUGGUUCCGAGGAUCAGUGUCCCCACGGCCCAGUCUCAGACUAAGCCUCCUAGCUGGUGGUGGUUGUCGAUUUCUCUUUUGAACACCAUGAAAGGUCGGCCAGUUAUGCACUUUGUGUGUAGCAGGAGCAUGUUGAAAAGUCUUAUGCCCUUGAAUUGAGUAGAGUUCUCUCUCAGCGUGCCUAUUGGCCCCCCUCUUCUUUUCAAUGGAGUUAUUCUGCACAUCCUGCCAUGCCUCCUGGUCUUGUGUGAUGUUAUUUCCAUGUGCAGAUUUGGAUCUAGUCCCUCAUAAUAUUUUCCAAGUAUAGAUUAUGUAUCUCACUCACCUGCUCUCUAGGUAAAACAGAUAUAAAGGUUUUAAUCGGUCCUAAUAAUUUAGAUAUUUUGUUGAGUGGAUUCUAGCAGUAAAAGAUCUUUGCACAUUGUCCAUGUCAGCAAUGUUUCCAGCUUUGAAUGGGGCUGUUAUUAUGCAACAAUAUUCCACGCUAGAGAGCACUAGUGUCUUAAAGAGGAUCAUCAUUAGUAUUGCAUUUAUUUUGAAACUUUGCAUUAGUUUGAAAGGUUAUUGACCUGUAAUUUAUCUUGCAGUUGUGACAACUACUUUGGUGUGUUCUUUAAAGGUCUUCCUAUAGCAUAGAGAACACCCUGAAGACCUAAUCAUAGCAUGGAGGGAACCACCAGCACAGAGAACACGGUAGAGCUAACCUGCAACAUAGACAGGGAAUACCCUGUAGAAGUCUCCAAUGGAGGGAACCACCAGCACAGAGAACACUGUAGAGCUAACCUGCAACAUAGACAGAGAAUACCCCGUAGAAGUCGCCGAUGCUGAGAGGCCGCAGGUCGGCAGAGGUGACCGUGAAGGCUCUUAACUUGAGGCACUCCGUGGCGUUGGCCUUGUUGUUGGUGGUGGUGAGGAGGUCCAGCAGGCCAGACUCCCUCAGCCUGCGGAUACUGGAAGAAUAGAAUGGGGAGUCGGUGAAAACUAUCUGCAUUACUUAUCUACUGGAUCUUUAAGAGGUUAUUAUUAAAAUGAAGAUCAAAGCACAGUAUUUAGACAUGCGCAAAGAUGAUUCUUUUGGUGCUACCCAUAGAACCGACGCAUGUUAGGACACCGACAAUUCAAAACAACUUGAGGGAGAAUAUAAUGCGUGGGUUCUACUGCCACCUCCAGGACAGGGGAAAUGUGACGUGUAAUAUCCCCAUUAAUUACAAUAAAUAGAUGGUGAUUAACUCACACUUCAUCUACUCUGGGCCUGAGUGCAGAGCCCCUGGGAAAGGCCAAGCUGAGAGGGGUGGGGCCCAGGAACCCGUGUGACAUCAGGUACAUCGAACAUCGUCCGGUCUGUAACAAAAAAAAACAUGAAUGGGCAACUGAAUAGAAAAUUUCUUGUAUACAAAUUAUCAGGUGACUAUAAUCGAAAACAAGAAAUCUAAGAAAAGCUCAAUGUCUUCUUUACUUAUUUUGAUGUGAGAGAAGUAUCAAAGAGAUUGUUCUCACCAGAAUGUAAGAUAACUCACCAUUAAUAUAUAAUGUGAUAGUACACCUUAAGUCUUGGUGCACAAUAAAUGUAUUCAUAUAUAAACGGUAUGAGACACGAGUUGUGUGCCCGCCAAGUAUUAGUUUAAUUAGGUUAUUAAGGAUACCACACCUAUCUGUGGGGAAUAGGUUAGUGUCAUAAAAAAGGUUCAGGUACUGGAACCAGUGAUUUUCAAGAUACCCAAUUUACAUUUGUGGUGUGCUUGUUGCAUAUAAUGUUCAUGUCUACCUUACACACUCACACUACUACUACCAGUAGAUGAACUUGUCUAGAUAGAGAAAAUAAUUAAAAAAAAUCAGUUAAACCCAUUUUUUUCUUAGGGCACCACUCCCUUCCCUUUUGCCACAUCAGAAGUUAGGUAGGAUUUUAAGAAUAUGUAUAUUUUGUGUUCCUUUAGGCUAACUCAUGGCCUGGUCCCUGUGUCUGUAUUUACCGUUAUAAUACUGACAUAAGAAAUGACCACUAAUCACAAUGAAGAAAGGCCUAGGUGCUAAGAUGCACCCAGGUCUGCCUGUACACUACAGUAAAUUGUAUACUUUAUUAUUUGAAUCUAUAAAUUUUGUCUGCAUUCUAUUUUUUUUUUUUUUUAUAUAUAUAUAUAUAUAUAUAUAUAUAUAUAUAUACACACAUAUACAAGAGUUGUUACAUUCUUGUACAGCCACUAGUAUCGUCAGGAUAAUGGAAAAAAUAUGUAACUCCUUUAAUAAUGUAAUUUUCUAACGGGAAAA